AUGGAACAUGUUUAUACACAUUUUGAGCAAGAUUUAAAAGAAGUUUUCAAUUCAAUUGAAAAUAAUUUAUCGCAAUUAGAGUUCAACAAAACUAAUCCAGGUGGAAUCACAAAUGAUCAAUUUAUAGUAUUUGCAAAUCAAGCAUCUGAUUAUAUGGAGGAAGCUGAAGAAAUUGUGCAACAAUUAGAAUUUUCUGCUCAAAACUCUGGUCAAAUUUCAACUAUAAGACCGAGAAUACAACAAUAUACCAAUCAAAUUUUAGAAUAUGAAAAAAGAUUAGAAAAUAUUACAGGCGAAAAAAAACAAACAUCUUUAACAUUUAAUACCGCAGGCCAAAACCAAAAGAAAAUAAAUUUUGAUAAUAUCCAAAUUACAGCAAAAGAAGAUUUAGAUGACUUGGAAGAAGAGGAAGAUUUAGAUGAUCUAAGAAUACAAAAAAAACCAAGAACCAAAGUAGAGUGUGUCAAAACUUUCUUUAAAUAUCAUGCUAUCAAAGUUUUAGUUAUUUUUAUUUUGGCUAUUUCCAUUGUUUUAAUAGCUGGUUAUGUUUAUCAAAAGAGAAGUAAAUCCAAUCACGAAAAGCCAAUUUAA